AAUCUGCCACAAUGCGCUUCGACCAACGCGUGGCAAUCAUCACUGGCGCUGGUAAUGGACUGGGCCGUGCCUACGCUGAAUAUCUGGGCAACUUAGGCGCCAAUGUUCUUGUUAACGAUCUUCAAGCGUCUGCAGCUGAUGACGUUGUGCAGCGUCUUGGAGGGGGCAACAAAGCUCUAGCCAAUUACAGCAGUGUCACUGAGGGGCACAAAGUAGUAGACGCAGCACUGGAUAAAUGGGGCCGCGUGGACAUCCUCGUGAACAACGCGGGGAUUAUUCGGGACAGCUCAUUCGCUAAAAUGACACAAGAGCAGUGGGACGACGUGUACAAAGUGCAUUUAGAAGGAACGAUGAGGAUGACCAAGGCAUCGUGGGACGUCAUGAGGGAGCAGGAAUUCGGACGCAUUGUGAACGUGGCGUCGGCUUCCGGGUUGUAUGGGAAUUUCGGACAGGCCAACUAUUCGGCCAUGAAGCUGGGUAUUGCUGGACUUACAUUCACGCUGUGUAAGGAAGGCUACAAGCGCAAUAUCAUGGCGAACGUCGUGGCUCCAUUGGCCAAGUCGCAGAUGACCGACGGACUAUUGGAGAAAGAGCUGAACGACAAACUGACGCCCGAGAGCGUCGCUGCUUUCGUUGCAUAUUUGUGCCAUGAUAGCUGCGAUCGGACGGGCAAUGUGUACGAAGUGGGAGGUGGUUGGGUGGCUCAGGCGCGAUGGCAACGAUCGCGCGGUGUCGUAUUCUCGAAAGAUCAACUCACUCUCGAGAAUAUUGCAGCGCAACUGGAUGAAAUUGAGGAUUUUGAAGCUGAGCCGACGCAUUAUCCGAGAAGCCUGCAGGAUACGAUCGCCUACGUCCAGAGCAUUCUCAAGUGAAAGACUCAUCUUAGGGAAUAUUACGCACCUCGAAUCCUUUGUACGAAAAUCUUGCAUUUUUUUGUUUAUGCGUGUGUGGUGCCCGCUGUGCUUGCCAUCAACAACAAUUGCAGCAAUCCUGCCC